AUGACUAUUUCCAUUUCCAACCUCCUUCUCCUCCUCCUCUUCCUCUUCACCGCCGAUGCUCUGACGUCACAAUCCGACGUGUCAGCUCUAAAAGCCUUCAAAGCCGCCGUGAAACCAAACUCAAUCCCACAGUGGUCUUGUCUCGCUAGCUGGGACUUUACUACCUCCGACCCAUGUGCAUCACCGCGUCGCACACAUUUCACGUGCGGCAUCACUUGUUCCUCCGACUCCACACGUGUGACCCAACUCACUCUCGACCCGGCCGGGUAUUCGGGUCUUCUCACGCCGCUCAUCUCUCGUCUCACAGAGCUUCUCACGCUCGAUCUCGCCGACAACAAAUUCUACGGACAAAUCCCAUCUUCCAUCUCCUCCCUCCUUAAUCUCAAGACACUGAUCCUCCGGUCCAACUCGUUUUCCGGGUCAAUACCCGAAUCGGUAACUCGGCUUAACUCGCUCGAGUCCGUUGACAUCUCGCGUAACUCGCUAACCGGGUCGCUUCCGAAAUCAAUGAACUCGCUCACGAGUCUGAGACAACUCGAUCUUAGCUACAACAAGCUCACCGGAUCAAUCCCAAAGCUUCCGAGGAAUCUCAUAGACCUUGCUCUAAAGGCGAACUCUUUAUCAGGACCCAUAACAAAAGAAUCGUUCACUGAGUCAACUCAGCUUGAAAUCGUCGAACUCGCUGAGAACUCGUUCACCGGAACACUCGGAGCUUGGUUCUUUCUUCUCGAAUCUAUCCAACAAGUCGAUCUAGCGAACAACACUCUCACUGGAAUCGAAGUCCUCCCUCCUAAAGUCGCCGGAGAAAGCAACCUCGUGGCGGUUGAGCUGGGAUAUAAUCGAAUCACCGGAUAUGCGCCGGCGAGUUUCGCGGCGUUCCCGAUUCUCUCCUCGUUGUCUAUGAGAUACAACAUGCUUCACGGCGUGAUUCCGUCGGAAUACGAACGGAGCAAGAACUUGAGAAGGCUAUUCUUGGACGGGAACUUCUUGACGGGGAAACCGCCGGCGAGAUUUGUUAGACCGGAGUCGGAAGUGAUGGGAAGUUUGGGGAAUAACUGUCUACAGGGAUGUCCGGGGAAAGCGAAGAUGUGUGCUCCGUCGCAGAAACCAUUUCACAUUUGCAAGCAAGCUUAUGGUGGAAAACUAAAGUCAUAG